CAUUUCUCCUGGCGAAACUUUUACAGCGUCUGGUAACAGAAAAAGUGUAAAAUCAUCAAUGUCCAUAAAAUCGUUUGCCUUUUGUUCUGUCUUCAUUUAUCAUCUGAACGUUGCCAAAGUAAAUAGUCGCGGAAUGUUUUCCACGUUGCAAAUUUUCUCAACAAGUCUACUGAUCAUAUUGCUCGCGUCGCAGUGUAGUGGCACCGGUAACGAAACGGAACCCUCGCCGGCCUCUCUUGAAGUGCAUUCCCGAGAAAAACGUUUGCUGACCUUUGCCAUCAGCGGAGGGGUGCUGAAAGUUGUUGCGGGUGCGGUUUAUCCGGUGGUCUUCAAUCACAAACUGAGAAGAAGUUUGAACGGCGGUAUCAACCUGCAGGCGAAUUAUCGCAUCCUGGCCGAUAUUAUUUGGCCGGUACCGGAGGACAUUUUUACAAAUCGUAUGAACAAGGAUUACACGGAUGACAGCAGGGCACAGUUCUAUCGCGUAUUGGAGCGGAUGGUCGACAAUAUGGGAAGAAAAGGCAAAGACUGCCUGCUGAGGACGAUCUGCGAUCUGGCGGAGACCCCACUGUCUCAUAAUGGAAUGAUUGGUGAACUGAUAGAUUUGGUAUUUACGCCAAGUGCUACGGAUAAACUUGAAGAGGAAUACUUGGAGGCUCGAAAGUAUGGAUUGAACGGGGUAAAAUGUUCAGAGGCAUUUAAAACUUGUCCGUAUGGGCAUAGUUUACUGGAUGCAAUCAGUACUGUUGUAUUGCCUUUGGUGUUUUUAAAAUGAUGCUUGUAUGAAAAUAUAUGGACUAUUAAAAUGACGACGAUUUGGAAAAUUGAAGCGUAAAACAUGAUUGGUUAUUUUUGCAUUAAUUUGUAAUAAUAAAGUUC